CCUUCCACAUAGCACAAACAGACGGGGUUUGAUUGCUAUCAGCCCCCCGACUCUAAUGCCAGUCCUCUCGCUAACUGUUUCUGGAGUUGGUGAUGACAGGCGUCCCCGUCGUCAACGUCCUCGGUGACAAAGUUCGGAUUUGCACCACUUGCGUGGAUGAACAAGUUUGCCUCCAACCGCGUCACUUGUCCAGAUGUUCAGCAGAAAGCCAACCUCGCUAGUGUGACCUAUAACCCCAGUACCGUGCUCUUUCGCUCUGCAUGGGAUGGCUCAUUCACGUUGCUCUCAAACUUACCGCCACCAGCCUCAAUCAAAGGAGAAGCCACAUCCUCGCCAAACGCCACGAACCAAAAGAAAAAGCCCACAGCAACAAACAUUCUCUUAACUAAAACCAUGCUAACCACGCCCUCCACGACGCACAUAUGCACAAACGCCCUACCCCACAUCACCGCACCGUCUCUCACCACCGCCACCAUUCUCCCGUCCCAGUCCUGGCGCGUGUCUGUCGCCGCCGCCGGAUAUCAUAUCAUAUCAUCCCGCAAGUCACCAUACACCAGCCAAACCCAGCCGGAGAAGAAAAGAAAGAAGCAAGCAAAGAAGCCAAGCCCAUCUGUAAAAAGGAAACCAGCUGUAAAAAGAAAAGCGAAAUAAAAGACGCCAGAAAUGCCGCUCCGGUCAGCGAUAAAGCCACAUAGACAACUGCCAGAGAAGAAAGAAGAAGAGAAAAAGCCAAGACAUCCGCAAUCUGCAAAUGCUGC